CGCAAGCGAGCGUGCGCUGGUGUGAAGACGACGGCGCGCAGUGAAAGUGAGAGGCGCUUUCGGCAGGAAAAAGGUGAAACAGCGCACCCACCCACGCGGCCAAGCUUUCUCUCUUCGAUCAUCCUCCUGCUGCCCCGGAGCGUGUCUUGCUCGCAUCGGGAUCGACCAGCAGCAGUCGACCACCGCGACUGCACGCACAUCUUCCCCAUCGCCCUCCACCCACCGCCAUCCAUCACCACCACCGCCCGCUCCCUCCGCCCGCCCUGGGCUCCGCCGAUGUCUGCUUGCUAGCGGAGCACCGAGCAACGUCGCCCUGACAAAUUCCCGUCCGCACUGCCACCUACCCUUCGCCAGACGCUGCACCAUUGGGCUGCGUCUGUAUAUUGCAGCAUCCAGCCGGCCUAAUUUUGCACGCCAGCCAUCCCUCUCCUCCUCGCACACGCCUAUCGAUAUUGAAACCGGCCGAGUCUCGUCACCACCUCCCAUCACACCCGCACCCGCCCAGCGUCAUUCUACUCCGUCCCUGUAUGACCUGCCGAGCACGCAGGUGAAACAGGAGAGAGUUUGGAACACGUUCUCCACAUCGACCGCGCCGCAAGCACGAAAAGAGACGUUGGUUGUACGGGGGCUGUGCUCUGGCAAUUGCCUCGUUCUGCAUCUGCACAUCAUCCGGGCGCCGCAGUGCUGGCAGACCGUGAGAGCCACCGGAGCAAAUUCGACUCCCGGCCAAGCUGGACUUGAAUGAAAGAAACGCACAAUCAUCACGUGUCACGCAUCGAGAAUCCUAGUGCUACAAUCUCGGCGUGAUCUCGACGACACACCGCUGACAGACCUGUACAUUUGAUCGUGGCACAGUCCACCUCACACUCCUUUGACCAGAGGCAGAUCUAGAAAGGCUCGGCAGGCACGAAACGUCUUAUCCAACCUUAUCAAUAACUUAAUUGAUAAUGGCUCCCUCGAAUCGUCCAGACUACAAACUCAACCUCGAGGGCCUGCCACAACUCAACAUGCAUCAAACGCGUUCUGCCAACACGUCACAAGGCAAUUCGCCGAUCGAAGCUCCUGCGGGAUCAAGCUUCCGCUAUCCUCUAGGCAAUGGUCUAGCCGGAGCUGGAAGCCAGGCGGGAACCGGUCGUGCUGGAGCUGGCUCUCCAUCCAAGGAAUACACGGGGAGUCGCUUGUUUCCGAAACGUGCACGCGAGAUUCAACAACAAGAAGGCUUGACACCGCAAAUUUGGGGCCCGCCGACAUCUGGCAGUGGCCAUUCAACACCUCUGCGCGAGACCAUCCCAGAGUCUCCAGGCAGUGACAGCUUUCCUGACUUCGACGCCGGGCAAGCCAUCGCUGGUAGCCCCAACAAUCCCUCCGCAUCGUCCUCCACUCGACGCACACGAGCCGGCACAGUGCCAUCUCGCUUUCCAGCUAUGUCCAUGCUCAAUGGCUCGCAACCACAGCCGACGAUGUCGAAGUCCGGUCAGGUAACACCAUCGUCAACCUACGCGAAUGGAUCACCAGCAAUUGGUGAACCAUCAAUCAACUCCCGAGGCCCGCCAACAAGCAAUGCAGCCCUGCUGUCUCGACUGCGAGCUGGGUCGAUGCCACAACGCCCGGGACUGCUCGGCAAUAAUCCGUUUGGCAAUUCACUCUUUGCGAGCAGUUGGAUGGCUGGACGAGAAAGAGCGAGCACACUUCAGAGCAUAAGAUCCUCCGAUGGUCCAUCAUCGCCCAUUGCCUCGCCUGCUGAUGGCGACGUCCGGACACUUGACUAUCUGGGUCUGGUCGAUACACCGCAACAGGGCAGGAACAGCUUGUCUCAGGCGAACAUGGACAUGCUGAUGAACCAGCAACGCCAGAAUGGGGUGACAAUCGCUGAUCUGGCAGCAUUGAACGCAUUCAAUAACAAGAACACCGCAAAUCGCUUCCGAUCCUACUCGGUCAACGCAAAGGAGAAGUACGCCAAUGGAGAUCAAGACGAGAUGGACGAUUACGGAAUCAUGGAGCAGCAAAUGUAUGGUAACGGAGCCAUCACACCUUCGACCGAUGACGCUGCUGCUGCUGCCGCUGCGAUCCACGAGGCAGUUCGUCAGCACAAUCUCGAAGUCCAGGCCUUCGCCAACUAUGCAAGCGCCAAUAGGCCAAGAGCUCGCACUGCCGGCGUCCUGGACUCUCCUUCGUCAAGGGUACUUCGCAAUUACAUGCCAACGCCAUCACGACUGGACAAUAGCAUUAGCGCCGCUGAUCUGCAAAGCAACGAUGGCUCGGACUACGGCAAUCUCGCAGCGGCGGUUCAUAACAUGAACUUGAACAAGAAGGCCUCCUACGAUAACGGCCUUGACACUGGCAGCCUGGAGUCGCCCACACGGUCUUUGUGGCUGGGCAACAUACCUUCUUCUACCACUGUUUCCUCGCUCAACGUCAUAUUCGGUCAGUUCGGCCCAAUCGAGUUCGCCAGAGUUUUGACUCACAAGAGCUGUGGGUUCGUGAACUUCGAGAAUAUCCAGAGCGCCAUAUCUGCAAAGGCAACGUGCAACGGUAAAGAGAUCUUCCCCGGAUGUGGCCCAGUCAGGAUUGGAUUUGCCAAAGAACAGAGUGCUUCCAACACACCUGGUGCCAACGGAGCCUAUCCUUCGCCUAGCCCAGAUCCAUUUGUCUCCAAGAGCCGCAACGAUGGAUCCGGUGCUGGCACAGGAGCAAACAUCAAUGCGGAAACUGCUGCUGCAGCCCUCGUCACGCCAGACCUGCUCGAGCUGCGAGAGGAGAUUGCCGAGAUCGUGCAACAAUUCGGAGCGUCACCAGAGGAGCAGGCGCGCAAUGACCAAAGCCUUGAGCAUGCGAUGAGCUACAAUGCAUUUCUCCCGGAGAUCCCACCAAUUCCAGAGCCCAGCCAUAAUCGCGUGCACGACGCUCCGCGUUUGCGUGAGAUUAGGAAGCGAAUUGACAACAACUCCAUCUCGCCAAUGGAAAUCGAAACCAUCGCCAUGGACAUGCUCCCGGAGAUUGCCGAGUUAUCGUCCGACUAUCUCGGAAACACUGUCGUACAAAAACUGUUUGAAAACUGUUCCGAAGAGACGAAGGAGGCAAUGCUGACCCAGAUUGCACCGCAUUUGGCUGAGAUUGGUGUCCACAAGAACGGCACUUGGGCAGCUCAGAAGAUCAUCGACGUUGCGAGGACCCCUGCUCAGAUGAACCUCAUCGUGGAAGCUCUCAAGCCUCACGGAGUCAACUUGUUCCUCGAUCAGUAUGGCAACUAUGUCAUGCAGUGUUGCUUGCGAUUCCAGUCGCCUUCGAACAACUUCAUAUUCGACACGAUGCUGAGUAAGCUCUGGGACGUUGCGCAAGGACGCUUCGGAGCUCGGGCGAUGCGUGCCUGUCUGGAAAGCCACUUCGCUACUCAUGACCAGAAGAGGCUGAUGGCCGCUGCCAUUGCGUUACACAGUGUGCAGCUUGCCACCAAUUCGAACGGCGCGCUGCUGCUGACCUGGUUCCUCGACACUUGCACGUACGCAAAUCGUCGAUCGGUCUUGGCACCACGCAUAAUUCCUCACCUUGUGCAUCUGUGCACCCACAAAGUUGCCUAUCUCACCGUCCUCAAAAUCAUCAACCAGCGCAACGAAGCAGACGCGCGCGACAGUAUCCUCCGAGCCUUGUUCCUCGAAGAUCAGACGCUGUACGAUGUCAUUUCCGACCAAGCUUGUGGAGCCACCUUUGUCUUCAAGGUGCUCACUACUCCUUUCUUGGACGAUUCUAUGCGUCCACAAUGCAUCGAGAAUGUCCGCAACGUACUCGUCCGUCUUAAGGCUCAACCAUCUCAAGGCUAUAAGAGGUUGAUGGAUGAGGUCGGCAUGUCCACACGGCACGGCGGUACUCCAGUCAGUCAUGACAGCCGUUCGCAUUCAAGAUCUCGCCCAGCCAAUGGCCAUGGUCCACAUCUCGACACUCAGAACAACUUCGCGCGCGGUCCAUACGGCACUCCCCAGCACAUGGACCCGAACAUGGGUGCCGGGCUGCAACGCACGAUCAGCAUGGAGUCAAAUGGCUUUGACCCUUAUGCACAGCAGUACACGCACAGCCCUGCCAUUUCGAACGCAGGGAUCAGUCCUAUCAAUCUGCAGUAUCAACAAGCCAUGAUGGCACAAGGUGGCAUGGGUCGUGCUCCUGGCUUCUACAACACCCCAGCUGGCAUGAGCCCUUAUGGACCUGCGUCUCCCGCGCCACAGAUGGUUGAUCCGUACCGGCAGAAUAUGGGUGGAGUGCCUCCUGGUAUGGGUAUGCAGACCGGCUUCCAGCCACAAGGAUUUGGCAAUCAAAUGCUCGGCAUGCCAGGCACUGUCAAUGGAUAUGGAUAUAUGCCUCAGCAGCAAUACUAUUCACAAGGACAGAUGCCACAGCAAAGUCCCAUGAACGGCAACGGCAGACGAGGCCGAGGCCGGAACAACGCAAAUGGUAACGGCUACGGCCAGUGAUCUGGCGCUUCGGCAUUCACCUGACAUGGAGAUCAAGUUUGACAUUCGUCGCAAUGUACAAUUAUCAGCCACUUUUACAGCAGGCUAACGGCCGAGUUCUUUUGUUUGCAUCCGAUGCACAUUGCGCUACGAAGUGGAAGGAGUUGUGUUGGCGCUCCUGGGUGAGCGCAGCGCGCGUCCCUGAAUGAAGAAAGUUUUCAAUGACAUAUGGUGUCUUUCUGGCGGGCACAGGGCACAACUCAGGUGCAUAUAUCCUCAAAUCUCUGCAUCGCUGCCUGCUGGCUUGCUUGCUUGCUUCCGCAAGGUCCAGCUGCUUCAUGCCCCCCUCGCUUGGUGACUGAGCUACACGCCAAGACAUCACGAGCACACGUCGGCAUUUGUUUUACGUAUCGUUCGAUGCCUUGAGGAGGAAACAACCCCUCUUUAACGACUUUGAAGACGGAAAGACCUCGAGCGAAAUCAACCCUUUUGUUGCAUGGCUGCCCUUUUUGUGUGUGUAUGUCUAGUCAUUAUUCUUUGUUUUUGUUGUGUAUGGUGCUGGAAGGUGUCUGAGAAUUGAGGUCCUGCUGGGUGUCUGGUUUCUUCUGGAGUCAGACGUGUGAAGUGGGGGCUACGGGAAAGCAUUUCAAAAUAGGAAAAGAGCAUGGGAAAGAUGGCGCGCGAAAAAGGGAAAAGAGAAUUUGGGAUUCACAACCUUUUCUUUUCAUACCUGUGUUUUAUUUUCUCUCUGAAUGAAGUUGAAAUGGCGAGAAAUUCUAUUGAUC